AAGCGGAACGUCCGGGGUUCGAGCCGUCUGCGUGGAUGGAAAAUUUUUCACCGUUCAAAUCUAGCGCAGUGUUCGGACGAGACGGUCGCACUUGGAAUCUCGCUCCGUGAGGGUCGCGUUUUUUUUGCUUGCUCUCUUUCGCUCUCUCUGGGGUGAAAAGAAAUUCGUCUGCUGUGUGGACGCCAUAUUGGUGAAGUGUUCAGAGGUUGAUUGAUAUUGCCGAGUGUGGCCUACUGUGAGUGACUCGCGCGAGGGAAUCUUGGAGGUUGUUAAUUAUUUCGCGUGAUUAGCAAGCGAUGCCAUCGUAGAGUGCCGUGAGUGAAUGAAGUAAUUUGGACAUUCUGUUCGCGGGAGGUGACAUUUGUGCGGCGUUUGCGGUUUUAAGCUUUUGUCAAGUGAAGUGGUGCAUUUGGUGCAAGUUUCUGGUUUAGUGACAACGGGUUUUCAAAGCACGGCGGAACGAUGUCGGAGGAGUUUUACGAUGAAGACGGGUUCCGGCUCACGUUCGAGGACGAAACGCCCGACCAGGAGAAGCAAUUCUUCAUGCGGGCCUUUCCCAACGUGAACAAGAUCGCGGAACGCAAGGUGCACUGCACCUCGUGCUACAUGCACAUCGGAACGGCCCCCAUCUCGGAGGCCGUAAUCCGGAUGCACCCGGUGCUGCGGGUAACGCACUGCCGGAACUGCCACACGUUCUACAACAGCGGCGAGUUUGACAAGGGCGAGGACGGCAGCGAGCUGUACUGCCGGUGGUGCGGCCAGGGCGGCGAAGUGUACUGCUGCUCCAAGUGUCCGUACGUGUUCUGCAAGAAGUGCAUCGUGCAGAACCUGUCCCGGGCCUGCGUGCAGGACAUUUCCCGGAACGACAACUGGCAGUGCUUCAGCUGUGCGCCGAAGAUCAUGUGGCACCUGCGCGCCCAGCACUGGGCCCUGUCCAACUACAUCGAGAAGCAGAAGAAGGACAUGAAGGACAAGAACCUGUCCGUGCAGGCCAUCAACAACAUGAUGAAGCAGGACAACACCACGUGUUGCACCAACAAGGGCGCCAACAAGAAGGCUACGACGCCGGUGGUGAACAAAAAGGGCCAAAAGCGGGCAUCGGACGCCGCGGAACUGCCCACGCUGGGCACGGCCAAGAUACCGGACAAACGACCGGGGCCGCGACCGAUGUCGAUGUCGCCACAGGUGGCCACUCCACCGGCGGCGAAAAAGGCCAAGACUGACAACAACGAGGUCGUUUGUACGCCGGACAUUAUGAGCAUGUUUAUGAACCCGGAGGAACCGCCACCGUUGGUGACUGCUGGCCGGCCUGGUGCCCCUGGGGCUGCGGCUACGAAGCCGGUUGUUCCGGCGGGUGCUCCGGUGCCGGUGCAGAAUCGCCAGGUCGUGGUGCGACCAGCAGCUCCAAACGCUGCUAAUCCGGUGCCAAUGAGGAUGCCAGCGGGAGCUCAAUCGUCGAAUGCCGUUCCUCCGCCCGUGUACCACACGAUUAAUGGGUACAGAAUCGAUUUGCACACAGCGGCACAGCAGGGCACGUACCGAUUGCCGAACGGCAAGUUGAUUCAGGUUAGAAAACAAGCUCCUGCUGUUACACCUCCGGUGACCAGUAUUCCGUCGCGCAAUGUGACGAUCGCCCCCAAGCCGACGACUGUGAUGUACAAUCCGGCUUCGAUGGCCCAGAACCAGCGAAUUGCGAACGGCGGUGGAAACGCGCACUUGAACUACGCCAUCCAGCAGCAGCAACAGUUGCAGGAACAGCGACUUCAGCAGCAACGCCAACAGCAAAUGAUGCAACAGCAACGCCAGCAACAGCAGCAGCCCCAGGUUACGAUUCAACCUGGCCAACCUCAGCCCACCAUCGUCGCCGGGCAGAUCAAUCCGGCACUACAGCUGCCGACGCUUGCCCUACUCCAGGGUAUGGUCAACGGACCGCACGAAGACUCCCCGCUGGGCCGAUCACGCAAGAACUUCGAGGGCAAACUGCUGUCCGGAGUUGAGAUCUGUCAGCACAUUGUGAACAAGAUCAACACGCUCACCAACUCGAACUCGUUCAAGAACAUCCGCAACGUGCGCGAUCUCAAAGAGCUGUACAUCCACGUGUCCUACCUGCUGACGUACGCCAUCGGACGGUUCAAGACGCUGCAGGAAAAGUGCGUCGACGACGUCAAGAAGAUGGGCUUCACCAAGGAGUCGGACUUUGUGAUGAUGGGCGAGCAGAUCAGCAACCGCAACCCGGAGGAGGACAAGAGCGACGACGAGGAUGACUGCGAAAUCAUCGAGCAGAACACCACACUCAUCGAGAUCGACUCCGAGGAUGAGGACGAAACGGCGGCGGCCAAGAAGAAGAAAAAGGAUGGCGAGGCCGAAACGGAGGCAGCGGUCGCGACUAUUCUGGACGACGACGCCGGCAACACUUCCGGCGAACCCAUGUCGAUGGAGGACUUUUUGCAGGUCUCGAUCAACGAGGCGGAUCAGUCGGCGGAGAAGAAGGAGGCGGCUGAAGGCAGCACCGAGAACGCUGCCGCCGAAGCCUCCAAGAAGGAGGACGAAGAAAUGGUCGAGUUGAUUGAGAUGCGAGGCGAUGAGGAUGGGGCGGCCGAGUCGGACAAGUCGUUGGAGAAGAAGGAGUCGGCGGUGGAGGAAAAGGAUUCCAAGUCGGAGGAGGUGAAGGAGAAGCCAGAGCCGUCGAACGAUACAGAGGCAAAGGUUGUGGAGGAGCCGAAGGACGAGACCGUCGAGAAGGCUGAAGGUGAGGUUCCAAAGGAAGAGGGCGACGCUGGAAAGGUCGAGGAAACUGCUGAAGUGUCGGACAAGAAGGAAGAGCCUGCUGAGGACGAAACGAAAGAUGAGACAGACGCAGAGAAGCCUACCGAACCAGAAGCUAAAACUGCUGAGCAAGAGAGCACAACAGAGGCUGUAGAAGAUGGCGCUGAUAAAACGGAUAAGGUCGAUAAGUCGUCGGAACAAGAAGCUGAAAAAUCUGAAGAAUCUGUCGAAGGUGGAGCUGAGAAAAUGGAUGAGGUCGAAAAGUCGUCGGAACCUGUUGAAACAAUGGAACAGGAAGCACCUGCAAAGUCUGUUGAAGCUGUUGACGAAGAGAAAGAUGAGGAGGACGUUCAAGAGUCAGCUGAUGCUAAGGAAGACGUCGCCAGUGAUGUUGCUGAAUCAGCCGAGACUGUUAGCGAUGAAAACGUGAAAGAGUCAGAAGUAAGUGCGGAUCAGGAACAAGACGUUGCAGCGAUGGUCACCGACGAGCAAACCGAAUCCAGCUCAGCAGAACCUGAACCUUCGGACGUCGUAGACGAGGAACCGGAACCAGUAGAAUCGGAAGCAAAGUCGGAAGAAGCUACUGAAGAGAAAGUAGUUGACGGCGAGGAAGCAGAACCAUCCGAACCCGAGCCAACGGAAGCGAUCGCCGAGGAAUCGACCGGAUCCAAGGACGGUGCCGAACAAGCUGAAGAACAAGAACAUGUGUUGGUCAGCAGCUCGGAGGGCGCGAUGGACGUUGACGGCGUUAGCUCGGAGAUCAUCGAGGCCGGAAGCAUUCCCACGGAGGCCAAAUCGUCCGAAACCGAAGAAUCUUCACCAACGGUUGAUUCAGCCGUCAGCGGAACCAUUCCCAUGACCGACGACACCACCGAGACGAACGAACCGGCCAACGAUGAAACGCCAGCAGAGCCAAUCCCAACUGAAGUCCCAGAAGAUUCGGUCGCCCUCGAGCCGGAGGUUCCCUCGCCCACGGCUCUGUUCGCCCAGAUGGAGGACUCGCUCCAGAAGGUGCAGGAGAUUUUCGCCGCGACCAGCGAAGUCGUGAACGCCGAACAGGAGGACGAGGAAUCAAUCGAACAGGAGCAGAACAAGAUUUCCUACCAGGAUGAUGGGGGCGAAGACGCGGAGAUGACCGAGGCCGCAACUCCGUCGUCAAAUCCCGUCGCCGAAGAAGAACAGAUGGAGGUCGAUGGUGAGGACAAUGUCGCGACAACGCCGGUCACCUCCGAGGAACCGCUGGAAGCUCCUGCUGGCACGGUUGACACGACAAAGCCGGACAGCGACGAAGGUUUGGAGGAGAUUGUUUCGGCGGAAAACUUUUCCAGUGAAGAGGUGGCGCUGAAGGGCGAUGGUGCGGCCGAAAGUAUAGAAGGUUCCGCCGAGGCCACGAGCGAAGUCGUCAACGGAGACUCCUAUAUCAAAAUGGUUGCAAGGUGUCUGGUGAAGUCGUGCCGCGUUAGAAUUUCUGACAAACGUUAUAAAUUGCAUAAAAUACCGGCGAUAGACCCGAAGGCCCAGUUUUUGGCGCGACAAAGAGGUGAAAAACGUCAACAACUGUGGAAACAAGCGUGCGGAUUGCCUGAAUCCACGGUCGUCUCGCGCUACCACUUAAUCUGUUCCCGUCAUUUUGUCACGGGAAAGCCGGCACCUCAAAGUGACGUUAAACAUGUUGACUGGUACCCAACCCAAAAUCUUGAUCCGGAUCCUCAUCAAGGCUCAUCAACCGCUGAAAACCUUCAAGAACAAUCCGGCGUGAGUGAACCGGUCAGCAGCACCGCCGGUGGACCUAACCAAGAUUGGUGGACCACAAACGCGGCCGUCUUUGACGUGUUGGCAUCUGGUGCGUCGCUGAACCCGGAGAAACCGACACCGUUGGCGACUGCUCCAAAGCAGGCUGUUCCGGCGAUCGUCGAUUUUCGAUUUCAGAAGGGUACGUGCCGCAAGACGGUACCCAGUGCUCCGUCGCGGAAUGUGAAAAUCGCUCCCAAGCCGACGACGGUGGUUUACAAUCCGGCUUCGAGGGCCCUCCAGCAGCAACAACAGUUGCAGGAACAGCGACUUCAGCAACAACGCCAACAGCAGAUGCUUCAACAGCAACGCCAACAGCAGAUGCUUCAGCAGCAACGCCAACAGCAGAUUCUUCAACAGCAACGCCAGCAACAGCAGCAGCCCCAGGUUACGACUCAACCUGUCCAACCUCAGCCCACUAUCGUCGUGGGGCAGACCAAUCCGCAACUGUCCACGCUUGCCGUACUUGAGGGUUUGGUCAACGGACCGCACGAGGACUCCCCGCUGGGCCGGUCACGCAAGAGCUUCGAGGACAAACUGCUGUCCGGGGUUGAGAUCUGUCAGCACAUUGUGAACAAGAUCAACACGCUCACCAAAUCGAACCCAUUCAAGAACAUCCGCAACUUGCGCGAUCUCAAAGAGCUGUACAUCCACGUGUCCUACCUGCUGACUUACGCCAUCGGACGGUUCAAGACGCUGCAGGAAAAGUGCGUCGACGACGUCAAGAAAAUGGGCUUCACCAAGGAAUCGGACUUUGUGAUGAUGGGCGAGCAGAUCAGCAACCGCAACCCCGAGGAGGACAAGAGCGACGAUGAGGACGAAUGCGAAAUUAUCGAGCAGAACACCGCGCUUAUCGAGAUCGACUCCGAGGACGAGGACGAGACGGCGAUUCUGGACGACGACGCCGGCAACGCACCCGGCGAACCCAUGUCGAUGGAGGACUUUUUGCAGGCUUUUAUCAACGAGGCGGAGAAGAAGAAGGAGGCAUUCGUAGCUGAUAGUUGCACUCGGAUCGCCGAUGCCCCCAAGAUAAUGGAAACGAUAGCAGAAUCUCCACCAACGGUUGAUUCAACAGCCAGCGAAACCAUUCCCGUGACCGACAUUAACACCGACACGAACGAACCGGCCAGCGAUGAAACGACAGCAGAACCCAAACCAAGUGAAGUCUCGGAAGGUUUGCCCACGGCUCUGUUCGCCCAGAUGGAGGACUCGCUCCAGAAUGAGAUUUACACCGCGAACGUGUUCGCCGAACAGGAGCAGGAGACAACCGAACAGGUGCUGAACAAGAUCUCUCACGAUGAGGGUGAAGACGCGGAGAUGAACGGAGAGGUCGCUCCGUUGUUAAAUCACGUCACUGUAGAAAAACAGAUGGAGUUUUAUGGUGAGGACAGUGUCGCGAUGACGCCGGUCACCUUCGAGGAAUUGCUGGAGGCUCCUGUUGGCGCGUUUGACACGACAAAGCCGUACAGUGACGAAGGUUUGGAGGAGAUUGUUCCGGGGGAAAACUUUUCCUGUGAAGAGGUGGCGCUGAAUGGCGGAAGUGCCGCCGAAAGCAUAGCAGGUUUCGGCGAGGUCGUCAAUGGAGAUUCCUGGUAUCGAGCUUGAUGGACUAGCGUUUGUGUAAGAGUUACAGAA